UCAUCUUCAGAAGUGUCUUUGUGAGCUGAAGAACUGCCAUCAUUCACAGAGCAGAGCAACAUGUUUUGUAUGCUGUGGAUCAUCUUUCAGACAAUGGCUCUCUUGGUGGCGGCUGGAGGACAGUCUUCAGGUAGUGGUGAGGGUGGUGGUGGUGGUGGCAAUGGAGGAGUUGUGAAUGGAGGCAUGGUCGGUAAUGCUGUUAACCCAGGGGUUAUGAAUGGGCUUUCCUUAAAUGGGCGACCCUUUCUGGCACAGUUGGUUCCCAUUGGUGCUCUUCAGCAGGGUGGGGCACUUCCUGUAGAACAGGUGGGAGCAGCCAAUGGCAUACCACUACAACAGGGACAGCUUCCUCAACUAGCCAAUGGGGUUGUACCAUUAUUUGCAGUUCUGCCACAGGCAAAUGGCAUCGGAGGCCCCCAGGCUUCAAUGUUGAUGCAGAUUAUUCCUGUGGGUGGAGGAAACAACAUCCAGCAGCCAGCUGCUGGAGGGAAGGCAGGCAAAGCUAGAGUCAAGCAUUCUGUCCCUUUCCAUGGAAUGGCCACAUCAACAAGAACAAAUACUCCACUGACAAAGGUGACUACUGGAGAGGUGGAAGAAUCCUCUGGCUCUGACUCACCAGUGAAUGCUGAAGUGAGGCUGAGCAUCUCAAACCUGGACAGCAUUCUAACUAGGGUUGCAAAAUUCUGGUAACUGGGAUGUGUGGAAAGUGGGAAAGUUGACAGAAUUGUGCAACCCAAAAUUAACUAUAUAACCUGUAAUAUCAAAUACCAGAAUCUCGUCAAGCUGCCAAUUCCAGAUGACAAAUGACCUCCACAGGCGGGGGUUCAAUUCCUGGGUGCGCUACUUUAACUUGCUGUGUUGCCUUCUUGUUUGCCCCCCUUACUUCAAAAUAUAUCUCUGAAUAAACUUGAUGAAAGAAAAGUGUUAUUCCAGUCUCCUUUGACAAAAACUAAAACUAGAUUAACAGACAGGUCUGACUGUAUCUCGACUAUGUGUCCAUAUACAUGUUUUGUAACGGCGUUCCCGAUAUACUGGAAAUGAUGUUAUCACAGCUGAUGUCUUUGAAUACAUUUAUUAAAUGGAUGUCAAUCUUU